AUGCGGGUGGUGACUGCUGGGCUGAUGGUGGCGUUCCUUCAGGCCAAGCUGCUUGAUGACUCGGCGGAUCUGGAUGAUUUAAUGGCCAACCCAGGCCACUCCCCGUCUUCUCGCUUCGCCAAAUCGUGUUCCCCGUUUUGUGUUCCCCUGUUGGGUGUUGGCGUGCUGCCAAAUAAUCGCAUUUCUGGUAUUUUGCACAUGCUUUACCCCCUCCCUCUCGCCCUCUGCGCUGGUUCCAUCCCUCCCUCCUCUCUCUCCCCCCUCUUUCCCUCCUCUCUCCCUCCUCUCACCCUCCGCUUUUCCUCAUCCCUCCUGCCUGUCCUCCUCCUCCUCUCUCCCCCCUCUCCAGUUCGCCCCUCCAAAGCCUCUGCGCCUGUGGGUGCCAGUCUCCUCAUCGCAGCUCUCCGCACCCCUCCUGCUCUUCCCACACGGCCUCAAUGCUCUCUACCUCCUCUUACCUCCCUCUAA